AUGUCAAGCGAAGGAGAGGCUUCUUUGGAGGCAUCUCCGUCCAAGAAUAUUAAGAAUUUGUCCAUUAAUGUCGACUCAGAAAAGAAUCCUGUCAGCAGUUCGUCUACAACAGACAAUGUUACUAAUCUAACAAAUGACAACCAUAAUGAAAGUGAUAAUUACUACGGGGGGGUUUCCGAUGGAGCUAAGACUAGCGAAGAUUUGAAAGGUAAUAAUAUAAGCUCGUCUUCAUUGUUUAAAGUUCCGAAAAAGGUUCCAGUCACUGAAGGUAAUGAUCCGAGAUUAAGUCCAGCUGCGUUUAGCAAUAAUAAAGCUGAGCAGAAAUCAGCAAGUAGUGGUCCGAUUGGUACUGGCCCAACAUCAGUUAUGAAUAAUCAUAAUAAUACCAAUAAUGCCGAUAAUGUUAAUAAUGCUGAUAAUGCUAGUAACGGUAAUAAUGCCGAUAAUACCAAUAAUACCAAUAAUAACAAUAACACUGCAACACCCAUGUUGAAUAAAAGUAUAAUAUCGAAUUUGAAUAAGUCAUUGAAGGCAAAACAGAGAAUUAUCAAUACAAAGGAGCCUCAUCCCAAAAACCCAACCUUGAUAUCUGAGAUUAUGAAUACUUCUCCGCAGUCUUCUGCUUUUCCCAAUAACUUAUCAACUAACGUUGAUGCGGAAUUAGAGAAUAAAUCUCCGUCUAAUAUUAAUAAUCCUGCCUCUUCCCAACAGAACGCUCCAGGUUUGAGUCAAGAAUCGUCAAUCAAACCAAGCAAAGGAAAGUCUAAAAAGAUUGCUAAACAAAACUCAACUAGAACAGACUUCUUUGCUGCAAAAUUGGCUAGUGCAGUCGAUGAUGUUGAAAGUAGUGAUAGUGAUGAAACUUUUGUUUAUGAAAAUAACUUAAAUGAUUUUGACAACAUAAACUCUGGUGAGCCCGCAAAUUUGGCAUCGAGAGCCGAUAGUGUGAGCUUGAACGGAAGUGUCAAUAUAAAUGGCAUUUCUUCCUUGAACUCACCAGCCACGGAAGUUAACGAUGUUUCUGGAAAAGUGGAUGAAGCUCCAUCGGGCCAGCAAGCAUAUAAUCAGCCUGACUCGUUACAUUCAAUUCACUCCACAAAAAUACCGACCCUAAAACCUUCAGGGACAGUGACGCCUCAGUUAACGGUGAAACCUUCAAACUCAUCGAUUAAUAAUUCCCUAGUCAGUACAAAUUUACUUGAAGCAAGUAAGCGUCCACAAAACCAAAGGUCCGCUUCAUCUUCUUCUGCACCUUACUUUUCCAAAAAUGAUUCAAACAGUAGAGUCACGACCCAAGCUUUGGAAAAAGUAAAUCCUCCGUCACCAAGUGGUCCAUUUAGUGAAUCUGGAGUACACUCUAGAAAUUCUAGUAGUCAAGGACUAGGUUUAUUAGACAAUAGGUCUUAUGGUCAUACAAACAACUUAUUUCAUGCCACAAAUAGCGUAAGUGGAGGUUACAAUGAUGACCAUUAUUCUUAUGAUGAAGUGGAUGACGAGAUGGUUGACGAUGAUAUUUCAACUGACGGUGAUUUUUACUCAACGCAAAGAAACAUAGGUUCUUCUAAUACAACUGUUCCACUUCAUGAAAUUAAUGCCUCAAACAAAUUACAUCACAUCCCUAGCAUUGAGCAACGAGUGAGCUCAAAUAUACCUUCGCUGGUUACCCAAAAUGGCUCGGUAACGAGUAAAGGUACAUCCAAAAAACACUAUAAAUCGUCAAACGCUUCUUCGAAGUUAAGAUCUACUACAUCAAAAUUAUUUGACCGGAAAGGGUCGCAGCCAAGAAGAUACAGCAUCAUUCCUGACGAUAUUGAUAUUGAGGAUUUUGACGAUGAUUUAAUUUAUUAUGAUAAAAAUAUUAGAUUUCCGUACAAUAGUAAUAGCAGCUUUAAUGAGUCAUCGCCUUUAAUUAAUCAAGGGCAUAAGCUUCCACAUUAUAGGUCAUUAAAUCUUCAAGGGCAUCACAGGCUACCUUCAAACUUGAAAUCAAAGAGAUACUUAUCCACGGGCCAAGCUUUGUUAGGUAGUAAAAGCGGAACUGAAAGCAAUAAUCAUGACAUCUUUCCAUUCCCACAUCCUGAUGCUCAUCAGAAAUAUUAUUAUGAUAUUGAUGAAUAUGAUGAAAAUCAAGACCGUUUGUCAAAUGAGAAUAAGUUGGAACCCAAUAAUUCUAGAUUGAGUGGCCAAUACAAUAAGACUCCAAGAUUAUCUCCCAAUACAAAUCAUUUCCGCCUUCCUAGAAAAUCUUCCAAUGACUUACCAAACCGCAUCAAUUGUAUUAAGUCAUUCAUUUAUACCUUAAUCAGUAUAAUGUUGAUUUUAUCAAUAGGUUUCGUUAUGGGAUUCAUCUUAGCAUCGACUAAGGAUUUGGCAAAUGUUUCAAUUGUUGAUAUAGAAAAAUCAAUUGUCAGUCAAGACGAGCUUAUUUUUGAUAUUGUGGUUGAAGCAUACAAUCCAGGCUGGUUCGCUGUUACUAUUGAACAAGUUGAGCUAGACAUAUUUGCUAAAAGCGGUUAUUUACCUGAUUCUCCUGAAGCUUGGUCAGAGGCUAAUACUGUGGAAACGGUUUUAUUAGGUACUGUACUAAAGUUAGAAACUUCGAUGGACUUUGAAGGUGGAUUUUUCAAUAGAGAUCCUAUUUCACAGGUAGGAGAAAUAAGAUUGUUGAGCCCAGGGAGGAACUUAACUAAUUUUAUGGACGCCAACGAUGGAAAUUCCACUGAGCCUGACAAUUCCAAAAAGUGGGAGAUCAUAUCGAAAAAUCCUUUUGACUUAAUUGUAAGAGGUAUUUUAAAGUAUAAUUUGCCACUUUCGAAGAAUGCCAAGUCCGUUGUCGUUAACAAAGUGGGAUACAUUAAUCCUAGUAGUCCUGAUACAAUAUAUAGUGACUGA